GCUCCGCGGUCUUCACCGUUCGCUACAAAGGAACUCCCACUCGCGCUAAACCACCAAAAGUAGAGAGACAUGGCGGCACUGCCCAUUGCGUCCCUUCUCCAGACCCCCUCCUCCCUCCUCUCCUUCCUCCCCUCCCCGAACCCUAACCCUAACGCCUUCUGGUCGUCGCUUCCCCAGGGGAAAAAUCGGCCCAUCUCUGUGGCCGUCGUCCGCCGCCGUCAUCCUCCUGCUCCGUUCCCGGCCCGGUGCUCGAGCGGCCAUAGCGAGCACGAGUACGAGGGGGUGUCGCACCAGCGGCCACAGGAGAUCCCCUGGAGCAAGGACCUCGCCAACUCCGUCCAUCUGAUCGGGAUCGUGGGCUCGCCCGUCCAGAUCAAGCACCUCAACAGCGGGAAGGCCCUCGCUUGGACCCGCCUUGGCGUCAAGAAGUCCGCCUCCGAGACCACAUGGAUUAAUCUGACCUUCUGGGAUGAACUCGCUCAUGUGGCCUUCCAGCAUGUGGAGAAGGGUCGCCAAGUGCACGUCUCUGGGCGACUUGUGUCGGAUGUUGUCGAAGGGGAUGAUGAGAAGCGACAGGUUUUUUACAAGGUGGUGGUUCAACAGCUUAAUUUCAUCGAAAGGAGCUACUCUACAGUGUCAUUGUAUGAACCAGAGACACGUUCUGUAGAUUCAGGUACUAAGUUUGGGAGCUAUGUGGGUAACUCUUCAGGUUCUACAGAAAAGCUCUGGCAGGCCUUCUUUGCUAAUCCAAUGGACUGGUGGGAUAAUAGGAAAAACAAGAGAAACCCCAAGUACCCUGAUUUUAAGCACAAGGAUACUGGUGAAGCAUUAUGGAUUGAUGCUAUGAACAACCCACAUUGGGUGAAGUCACAAUUGGCUAUAUUGGAUUCAAGAAUGAGCUCUCUCCACCAAGCUAAUGGCAUGAGUCCUGCUGUUUCUUUUAUGUAUGAUGGCGAUUUCACUCCAUUCUAGCUUGAUUUGCUGAUGUGUGAUAGAAGAUCCUGAAUUGCUACUUGCCUAUGUGAAGUUCCCAAGAUUGGCAUAUCAUUGGGGAUGUUUAACAUCCUUUAAUCAGUUUUCUGCAACCUGAUUAAUGAUUGCUCUCCUGUCUCUGGCAUGAUGUGUGACUUUAUGUGAUGAGGGAUUAAUAGCUUUAAGUAAAAGACCAACUAUAUGACAUACUCUUGUGAAUCUGGUUUCUGAUGAUGUAAUGAAGCUAUCUUCUUUCAUAAUAUAGAUUCAUAUGAUUUGUUUAAA